UUUCUGUCGUCGUCGGUCCCGGUCUCCUUCCUGUUUCCGGUAAUGGCGGUCUGCUAACAAGUACAUGUAAACGACGCCGCGCUCACAAAUACGACUAAACAACCAGUUAGGAACUAGAAAGCAAACUCCCGUUGUUCAGAUACACAUCAAGAUGCCAGUGGCUGUAGGUCCGUAUGGCCAUGGCCAGACCCAGCCCAGCUGUUUUGACCGGGUAAAGAUGGGCUUCAUGAUGGGCUUCGCAGUAGGAAUGGCCGCCGGCGCCAUGUUCGGCACCUUCUCCUGCCUCAGGGUCGGCAUGCGAGGCAGGGAGCUGAUGGGUGGAGUGGGAAAGACCAUGAUGCAGAGCGGGGGGACGUUCGGCACCUUCAUGUCCAUAGGUAUGGGCAUCCGCUGUUGAGGAGGACGAGGAACAAGCUCCUCCUCCUCAUGACAACAACAACAACAACACAGCUAUGGGACUUUUCAAAUAAACCACCUCCGCCGCUCUCUGUUUACUCAAUGCCGUCACUCUCUCUCAACCCGCUGUCUAGUUUUGUCAAUAAAAGUUCAGAUAUGUCAAACGGG